CUCGACGCGUGCGCGGCGGCGGGGCUGGGAGGCGGGGCAGCCGGGGCUUCCGUUUGCGGCCGCUGCUGCUCCAGCCGGGCUCCCGGCGUGGUGAGGCAGCCUCGCGGCUUGAGCGCCGAGGGAGGACUGUCCGGCUGGCGCGCCCGGGCGGGGUCUCCAUGUUCCGCUGGCUGGAGGUGCUGGAGAAGGAGUUCGACAAGGCCUUCGUGGACGUGGACCUGCUGCUGGGCGAGAUCGACCCGGACCAGGCGGACAUCACGUACGAGGGGCGGCAGAAGAUGACGAGCCUGAGCUCCUGCUUCGCGCAGCUGUGCCACAAAGCGCAGACCGUGUCGCAGAUCAACCACAAGCUGGAGGCACAAUUGGUGGACCUGAGAUCUGAACUGACAGAGACCCAGGCAGAGAAAGUCGUGCUGGAGAAAGAGGUCCAUGACCAGCUCUUACAGCUGCACUCCGUACAGCUGCAGCUUCACGCAAAAACUGGGCCCAGUGUUGACUCUGGCACCAUCAAGGCGAAGUUGUCUGUCCCCUCUGUGGAGGAGCUGGAAAGAGAGCUUGAAGCAAACAAAAAGGAAAAAGUGAAAGAAGCGCAGCUGGAAGCUGAAGUGAAGUUGCUGCGCAGAGAGAACGAGGCCCUGCGCAGACACAUAGCGGUGCUCCAGGCCGAGGUGUACGGGGCCAGGCUGGCCGCCAAGUACCUGGACAAGGAGCUGGCUGGGAGGGUCCAGCAGAUACAGCUGCUAGGACGAGACAUGAAGGGCCCCGCUCAUGAUAAGCUCUGGAACCAGUUAGAAGCCGAAAUCCAUUUGCACCGGCACAAGACUGUCAUCAGAGCCUGCAGGGGACGGAACGACUUGAAACGACCCAUGCAGGCACCGCCGGGCCACGAUCAAGAUUCUUUAAAGAAAAGCCAAGGAGUUGGUCCCAUUAGAAAAGUUCUUCUCCUUAAGGAAGACCAUGAAGGCCUUGGCAUCUCAAUUACAGGUGGGAAAGAACAUGGUGUUCCAAUCCUCAUCUCGGAGAUCCACCCCGGGCAACCUGCUGACAGGUGCGGAGGCCUGCACGUUGGGGACGCCAUUCUGGCGGUCAAUGGAGUUAACCUGAGAGACACAAAGCAUAAAGAAGCUGUAACCAUACUUUCCCAGCAGAGGGGAGAGAUUGAAUUUGAGGUGGUCUAUGUGGCUCCCGAAGUAGACUCUGAUGACGAGAACGUGGAGUAUGAAGAUGAGAGCGGGCAUCGCUACCGUCUGUACCUGGAUGAGUUGGAGGGCGGCGGCAACCCUGGUGCUAGUUGCAGAGACGCCGGUGGGGAAGUCAGAGUGUUCCCAGGGUAUAAGAAGACAGUUACGGAUGCCCAGGAGAAUGGAGAUCUGGGAACUUCAAGUGAAACUCCACUAGAUGAUGCUGCUUCGAGAUUCGAUGACCUGCACAGUGGUCUGUAUCAUAAAAAGUCCUUCUGAGCGUCGACAUCUCCAGACAGGGUUGCUCAUCAGACUGUUUCGAAUUGGGGGCACUAGAGAGGAUGGUGACAAAACCAUCCCCAGUCAAGAGAGGCUGUUUUGUUGCCUAGAGAAAGGCCAGUACCUCAGGGCUUCAUGCAGACGGUUCUAAAUGCACAUCCCCCUUUUCUGUGGUACACCACGAUUAUGAUUGCAUGUAAAGCAGUUUUGGUUUACCUGACGUUGUAAGCACCAAAGCAUGUGUUUCCCAAAGGAAUAUUGUAUUACUAGGCUCUUAAGUACCAAAUGAAGCACUACUACUAUUUCAUUUGAUUCCUUUGCUUAUUUAGGAGUAGGACCGUGCCAACUGGAAUUUUACUGAAAAUAGCCAUUGAAUUCAAGAGAGUAAGGGAGUUCAUGUUAUAUAUUUCAGAAUGCUAACCGUGGUGUUUCAAAGGACAGAACUGACACUGAAUUGAGUCUGCACAAUGCUGGGGAAAAUGUAGGCUUAAUUCUUUAUUUAACUGAAAGAUGGUUUUAGGUUUUUAAAAAUGUAUUGUGCGUCCUGACGCCUUUUGUGUUUCAAAGGGAACAGGGAUGAAUGUGAAAUACCUGUUCUCAAUUAUGUUGGCCUGUUUGCGUGGUAUUGGAGCAUUGCAUUCAUGUGCAGUCUCGUGUCUAUUUUCUGGGGACCUUAAAAAAUUUAUGUUUGAGUUGUUCAUAAAGUUUGUCCUGUGAUAGUCCUGGCACGUGAAGAUAAAUGAUCUGGCAGGAAAGGCUCACAUUUGUCCUGUGUCAUGAAGUGUACCAAGCUUACACAGCAGUUUCCUCCAAGCACCUGGUUUGCCUGUCACCUGCAUAGAAGGAGGCUGAGGCAGGCAAGAGGAGGAACAGUCAUUGCUUGGUUGGAUAAUCGUAUUCAUGUGUGCGUGACUGCAGGUGUGCAGGUGCACACCUCCCUGUGCUCCUUCUCUUAUCGGGGCAGGCACGGAGUCCGCUCUCUGCUUACUGUUGUGCGUUACAUUUGAAGAGGUGGUAGUUUCUGCUCCUGUCACUGUUUCAAAGGGUGAAACAUUUAAGGGCAUAUUAAAGGGGGAAAAGCCUGUAAGGCUUUUAGAAUAUUAUCAGUGUCUCAUUUCUAAUACUCAGAUGUUAUGUUGAUAAAACAUUUUUUUGUCUUUCCCAGAUGCACUAUAUAUUUGUUCAAAGUUAAAUCUAUAAACUGUAUAUACUUUAUUUCAUGAUUUUGCUAUUUAUAAAUGUAUGUUUUAACUAGCUCAUGUAGGUUUUGUUUUGGGUGGCUUUAUUCACCUGUAUAUCACCGUGCUAAUCUGUAACUAGAAAUGCACUUCAUAGUGUACAUUGUUACUGAUAUUAAAAUACUUUGUAGUAUAAUAUUGCCUCUGAGCAAGAGUUAGUAUUUAAUGAAUAAGCAAGUUAUAUAUUGUUCUGAACAUGCAAAACCAUGCUGUUACUAUCUUAAAACAUAGGUGGGUGGCCUGACCAUGGUAUUUCUUCAGGGAUGAUCCUUUAUCUGCUCGGAAUGAGCCCUUAGCAAAUGUAAGAUGUACUCCUUUGAUUUUCAGGAAAUACAUAAAAGUCUGCAAAGGGGAUUUUUAGAACCUUGAAUUAGCAUUUUUGUGAGUUUGCUUGUAAGUGGGAGGGUUGUGUGAGACGGUUAUGAUGAACAUUCUUCUCAAGGCUGACAGCAGAUGAAAGGGUUUGUACACAGCGCUCCCUUUUCCUUCCGCCUCACAUGUUUGCACCCACGGAGGGCUGUGUCGCUUAGGCCUGUGAGCUCCCUGGCGGCGUCAGAGCCGCUGUGUUGCACACUUGCGUUAGAAUACACGCGAUGGGGAUGAACUAGUAGUUGUGGGGUUUCCCCCAGGGCCCGAGUGAGAACCAGUUCGGGUUCUUUCAUGUUUCUAGGAGAAAAACCUGUAUGAUACUGAGACUUCUAGGAAAAAGCCAGAUACUCAUCUGUAACAGUGAAGAAGUGAAAGAAAAAAAUACACAGAAAAGCAAUAGUUGAGAAAGUGUCCAGUAGAAAUCUGUGUGUAUAUUUACUGUUAACUUCAAACUCUUCUCUCCAGUAUUUCUGAUAGGAGUAUGAUGGAAACACAGUAUUUCUUAAAACACAUGUAAGAAAGAUGAGAAUUUUGCAAGUGUUGGCAGUUAUAGCUGAAGUUACCAAAAGUUAGCACAACUCGUGCCGGUUGUUUUCCCCACCACAGUGGACUUAAUUUUUCAUACUUAGAAACAAAAAUACAGUGACUCGGUGCAAGUUGCACAUUACUUGACAUUCUCUGUAAUCUGCAGUUUCACCUACCCAGCCUUCCUCUUAGAGGUGGCUUCAUUUAUAACAAAUGUACUAUAUCUAGUUGAGUUUAUUAUUUUUUUAUUAGCCUGUGAAUAAAGAUGGCAUCUCCUACAUUAAGAUGGUCUUGAUCUCAUUUUAAAAAAUAAACAUUUUUUUCUUUCACAUGAAA